AUGAACACAGCGACCGCCGGGAGUUACCCAAUGGCUUCUCUUUAUGUCGGCGACUUGCACCCAGAUAUCACGGAGGCUAUGUUAUACGAGAAAUUCAGCCCAGCCGGACCGGUGCUCUCUAUUCGUGUGUGUCGCGACAUGAUCACCCGGCGUUCCUUGGGUUAUGCCUAUGUGAACUUCCAGCAGCCGGCAGAUGCCGAGAGGGCCUUGGACACCAUGAACUUUGACGUGGUCAAAGGGAAACCCAUCAGGAUCAUGUGGUCACAGAGAGACCCCUCACUCAGGAAGUCUGGUGUAGGAAACGUGUUCAUCAAAAAUCUGGACAAGUCUAUCGACAACAAAGCCCUCUAUGACACCUUCUCAGCUUUUGGAAACAUCUUGUCAUGCAAGGUGGUGUGUGAUGAAAAUGGAUCCAAGGGCUAUGCAUUUGUGCACUUCGAGACCCAGGAUGCAGCUGAUCGUGCCAUUGAAAAGAUGAAUGGCAUGCUCCUAAACGACCGCAAGGUGUUUGUGGGGCGGUUCAAGUCCCGAAAAGAGAGGGAGGCUGAGCUUGGGGCUAAAGCGAAGGAGUUCACCAAUGUCUAUAUCAAAAACUUUGGGGAAGACAUGGAUGAUGACAGGUUGAAAGAACUCUUUGAUAAAUACGGUAAAACCCUCAGUGUGAAGGUAAUGACUGAUCUCACUGGAAAAUCAAGAGGAUUUGGGUUUGUGAGCUACGAGAAACACGAGGAUGCUAAUAAGGCAGUAGAGGAGAUGAAUGGUACCGAGCUGAAUGGCAAGACUGUGUUUGUGGGCCGUGCUCAAAAGAAGAUGGAAAGACAGGCCGAGCUGAAGAGGAAGUUUGAACAACUGAAGCAGGAGAGGAUAAGCAGAUACCAGGGGGUGAAUCUCUACAUCAAAAACCUGGAUGACACCAUCGAUGAUGAAAAACUGCGAAAGGAGUUUUCCCCCUUUGGCUCCAUCACUAGCGCUAAGGUUAUGUUGGAAGAAGGCCGCUCCAAAGGCUUUGGUUUCGUUUGCUUCUCUUCGCCUGAGGAGGCCACUAAGGCAGUCACGGAAAUGAACGGGCGAAUUGUGGGUUCCAAACCUCUCUAUGUGGCCUUGGCCCAGCGUAAAGAGGAGCGCAAAGCCCACCUCACUAACCAGUACAUGCAGCGUAUCGCUGGGAUGAGGGCCAUGCCCGCUAAUGCCAUCAUCAAUCAGUUCCAGCCAGCAAGUGGAUACUUUAUGCCAGCUGUUCCACAGGCUCAGAACAGGACAACGUAUUACGCACCCAAUCAACUGGCUCAAAUGAGACCCAACCCACGCUGGCAGCAGCAAGGUGGAAGAGGACAAGGUGGAUUCCAGGGCAUGCCCAAUUCCUUGCGCCAGCCCGGUCCCCGUGCCAACCUGCGACAUCUGGCUCCCAGUGCCAGCACCCAAGGCCCACGUGGCAUGCCCUCAGGAACCCAGAGAGUGGGAACGACUGGCCAACCCAUGGGCCCUCGACCUUCCAUGGGUGUCACCACCCCACGUGCCAUGCCACCCUACAAAUAUGCCACCACCGUACGAAACCCCCAACCCCAAGUGGUUCAACCCAUUGCCUUACAGCAGGCUCAGCCGGCAGUGCACGUCCAGGGGCAGGAGCCCCUAACGGCCUCAAUGCUGGCGGCAGCACCCCCCCAGGAGCAGAAACAGAUGCUAGGUGAGCGUCUGUUCCCACUGAUCCAAGCCAUGCAUCCCAGUUUGGCAGGAAAGAUCACUGGGAUGCUGCUGGAGAUUGACAACUCUGAGCUGCUCCAUAUGCUGGAAUCCCACGAGUCCCUUCGCUCUAAGGUGGAGGAGGCUGUGGCUGUUCUACAGGCUCAUCAGGCGAAGAAAGAUGCCACUCAGAAAGUGGGUGUAAACGCCACAACCGCAGCAGCUACCUCUUGACAGGUUUCAUCCGAGAGCUGAGGAGAGAUCACUAUUCUAGCUGCUGUCAGCCGGGCAUCCUUUCACAGCUGAACAAAAUAAAAUAAAAUAAAAGAAAAGAAAAAAAUAGAAAAAAAGAGAGCUAAGGAGGGAGAGAUAAUAGGAAAGAAAAAAACAUACUUGAACAUUUACAGGGCUUAUAGUUUUAUAGCUCUGUGGUGGUUUUUAACUGCAUGGGCUACUGACGCAUAAAAUUAAUCAAACAGGAGCCAUUCUUUGAUGGAAAAUAUCUCCAUGAUGUGGCCAGGACAGACCUUUUUCUAUAAGGAAAUUGAGAUUUGUUCUUUUUCUUUGUAUUGAGUUGUGUGGUUGCUGUUUUGAUUGGAACUCUAGGUUUUUCCAUCCCCACCUGACGAUACCUGAUGAGUGGUGUGACACUCUAAAUAAAGGGAUGAAUAAAUAUCA